AUGAACAGUGCAUGCCUGCAUAAUUUAAAAGAACGAAUCAAGUAUUUUUUUAUGCUAGGAAGAAUUUGGAGUUGGUUUGGUAGAAACAGCACAGAGCAGGAAGACUUAAGAAUGUUCUUUGAAGAAACAACAGGAAUGUGUUUUCAAGAGUGUGUGAUUUUAUCUAAAUCCCGUCUCCUGGGGAAAACAAAGAAUGAGUUAACAGAAAGAGAAAAGGAGUGUAUAAAGAAGUGCACUGAAAGAAAACUUAAAUUGUUUUUAGAGGUAGAGAAGGCAAUUCUUAAAAAAGUACAGCCAGUUUCUAACCAAACACAGGAAGCACACUCUGUUUAGGGUUAUUUACAGUUCUGCUGAGUAUCCCUUAUACUCGAAAUAACAAAACAGAGCAGGGCAGUAUCUCCGAAAAGAUAAAUACUUUCCUCGUAGCCAGCAGAUGAUUAAGCUAAAAUUGAUUUAUUGACUUUAUCGGAGCAUCUUGUUCCCUAAAGAUGUACCCAUUAUUGUGCAACAUAUAUCAUUUAAUUUAGAGUUUCCUCCAGAAUAUCCGUUCAUAAAAAUACUUCCAAUCUUGGUGUAGCAGUCAUUUCCCCAUGAAGAUCCAUUUAGUCCAGUCAUUCCAGCGAGUGGCUGCUGUUUAUCUGGCAUUCCAAUGGAGUUGCAAACUAGCUGGAUUCCGCUCAUGGGUUGUUGCUGUUGUGGGGGAGACAUGCCGCCCAUAAAACCUAUGUCUAGCAUUCCAUUUGACUGGUUCAUUGGUGGUGGGCAUAAACUGGUUCCCAUAUUAUUUCCCAUAGAACCUCCAGAUGUCACGUGACAGUUUAUAUUAAUGCCACCAUCCAUUCCAUUACCGAGUCCAUUUCCCAUCCCAUUGCCAAUUGAUAAAUCUGGCAGCAUUGAUCCACCGGUAUUCGCACAUGGGUUUAUAGAUGACAUUGGCAUGCAUAAUGGGGAGAACAUGGCUUUAAUUCCUGAUAUUAUUAAAAGACUCAAAUAAAUUUUUCUAGUAG